AUGACCCAACCUUUCAUUAAAAUCAUCAAGACCAUUUUAGGACGUGAACAAUCGGAAGGACAAGGUGCUCGAGUCAUUCGAACCAUCGGAGGACAAGUUUCGUAUCAUGAUCCGUUUUUAUUACUUGAUGAAUUUAAGGUUUCAAAACCUGCGGGAUUUCCGAAUCAUCCUCAUCGAGGUUUUGAAACAGUGACAUACAUGCUUGACGGUUCUUUCAAACAUCGAGAUAAUCAGGGAAAUCAAGGAGUGAUUGGUCCAGGAGAUAUUCAAUGGAUGACAGCUGGCAGAGGUGUGGUGCAUUCUGAAAUGCCAGAAGGUUCCGGUGUGAAUACUGGAAUGCAGUUAUGGGUCAAUUUGAAAGCUAAAGAUAAGAUGGUAGAGCCACAAUAUCAAGAUUUAAGAGCUUGUGACAUUCCAAAAAAGAAUAUCGAUGAAUUUACAACCAUUUCCGUCAUUGGUGGAAAGAGUCAAUCGGUAGAAAUUGAAAGUCCCUUAAAACUUAGAACCAAAGUGUUGUAUUUUGAUGUCAAAAUGACAAAGAAUGGACACAUUUAUAGAGAAAUUAUUCCAAAAGGUUAUCAAGGAUUUGUGUAUGUUAUUAAGGGAUCUGGAAAAUUGCGUCAAGAUCAAAACAAGUUUGAACAAGCUCCAGAAAAAUCAGCUCUACUUUUUAAGGAGACGACACAGGAUCAGGCUUUUGAAUUUGAGACUACGUCAGAUGUCACACAAUUUGUAUUGAUUGCUGGUGAGCCAAUGAAUGAACCUAUGGCUCGAUAUGGACCAUUUGUCAUGAAUACGCAAGAAGAGAUUUCUCAAGCCUUUGAAGAUUAUCACUCUGGAAAGUUUAAAUAA